AUGGCUUCAAACCCACCUCAAAGAUGCUGCACCCUAGGUGUUAAGCACGAGGGUACACCAACUGGAUCAACCAUCAAGAUUGCUGAUACUAUUGAGACCUAUGUUGCUGAACCUAAAGAAAAGGUUUACAAGGAUACUGCCAUUCUUUACAUUCCAGAUGUUAUCGGUAUCUGGCAAAACUCCCAAUUGAUGGCUGAUCAAUAUGCCGCCAACGGUUACUACACCAUCAUCCCCGAUGUCUUUAAUGGCGACGCACUUUCUCUUAAUCGCCCUGAAGAUUUCGACUUUAUGCAAUGGUUGACCAAGGGUUCUGAUGGAAACAACCCACAUACAUUUCCACACGUUGAUCCUAUUAUUCAAAAGUCCAUUGAAUUCUUGAAGUCUAAGGGAUACACUAAGAUUGGAGCUGCUGGAUACUGUUUUGGUGCUAAAUACGUCGCUCGAUUUAUGGCUGAAGGAAAGGGUAUUGAUGUGGGAUAUGUUGCUCAUCCUUCUUUCGUCGAUGAAGAUGAACUCCGCGCAAUCAAGGGACCCUUCUCCAUCGCAGCCGCUGAAACCGACGAAAUUUUCCCAUCCGAAAAACGUCACAAAUCAGAAGAAAUCCUCAAGGAAAUCGGUGCUACUUAUCAAAUCAACUUGUACAGUCAAACUGUUCAUGGAUUCUCGGUUAGAUGUGAUUUGAGCAAGAAGGUGGAGAAAUAUGCCAAGGAACAGGCUUUUAUUCAGGCUGUGACUUGGUUUGAUGAGCAUUUGAUUUAAAGAAAGUGAGACGAGGUUGAGGAUGAAAUUUUGAGAGAGGGGGGAAAGUUAAGGGAUGUGGAGUCGAAGGGAAUGGGCAAUGAUGGGGAAAAGUUUAUUAUGUGGGUGGACGGGGUGAGGUAGAGACUGCUGUGAGGUGAGUGAGUAGGUAGGUGUUGGUUGGAAGGCUGUUAAUUGGAAAGGUGAUCAAAACGCAUAAUUUAUGAAUGGUGAUUUUCCAGGACGACUUAGGUCAUCAGGAUGAGAUGGUGAGAGGAUAUUUAGAUUAUAGUUUUAUGAGUGAUUUUAUAUACAGAUUGAGAACAGAAAGAGGUUUAGUAGAGUUUAAUCGUAUAUUAUGCAAGAGGAUGCCGUUGCAAGGAGCAAUGAAGCUCGGUAAUUGAGGGGUAAGCAGGCGAGUAUACUUCAAGGUAAUCAAAUAGCGUUUGGGGGAUUUAGGGGUGAGACAGUUGAUUUAUAGAGGAUGACACUUGCAUUGACACCUCAUUAGAUUAGUUCUGGAGAUACCACUGCUCAUACUCAUCCAGAUGCUUUGACUAUGAGGACGAAUAACCUUUCAAGGGAAGAAGGGGUGAUGGUGAUACGGUACUCUGAUAUUGUGGUAUCUAUGGUUUUUAGUAUUUUUGGAGUUGGCAUGAAUAGUUGGAAAUUAGAGGAUUUUUGUGGUAUAUGAUGUAACGAAAGGUUCAAAGAAUUCCUAGCAGUGGUUAGGUAGAUACCGGUAGUGGAUAGGAAAAUGUUUAUCACGUCUAACUUUUUAUACCCUUCCAACAUACCUAUCUCGAGCCUAUCUACCUACCUAGUUGGUACCUAUUACACCUAGGCAUUUCCAGAUGCUCACUCACUUAGUGACCUCUCUUUCUAUGACGUUUAACCAACUUCCCAUCAGCUGAUUCG